UUGUCGAAUGUCAACAUAUGAUAAGAUACCAUUUUAGCCAUUGUUUCUUUAAUAGUAACAUAACAGCAACACUUUAAAUGCCAUCAGCAUAAUUAAUAUUGCUUUUCUCCUCUACUCUUCCAAUCACGAUAAAUUAAACAAGACACUUCAUCCUUAAUUAGCCAAUUAGAUAUGGCCGACCGUCCACCCCCUCACGCUCGCCCGGGCACUAAUAGAACCGCGCGCACGAACACAGCGGGCAUACGGCGCAACCUAUUCCAAAGCCAACUUACUCGCCGCCCAACACCCACGACCUCCUCGCAAUCUUCCAAUAACUCCGCCGAGACAUUACGUCUUGGAGACGUCGAGGUGCUGUCCGAUACCUCUGACAUCGUUGUCCGCGACAAGAACGGCGAGUUCGACGUUGGUGAUCCGCCUACACCCCCUCUAGACGAUUCGGAGGAAGGCGGCGCAUUGGAUGAUGCGCAGGAGAGCGAGCGCGAGAGACAAAGAUUGGCAGAAGCAGUCAAGCACUACCAAAUAAACCACAACCGCACUCCAGCGCAACCCGAAGAGGUCCUAGAGACACUCCGAGCCAGCAUGAGAGCUAAAGUAGCAGCCCUAGCCGAAGACAACUGGAUGUACGAGCCGGAAGAGCAGCACCGGCCGCAAUGAUAUUCAUCGUGAAUACGUAGCUACGAUAAUUAUACGGUUAUCGAGAUCCCAAACAGUUAUCUAAUCUAAUCUAAUCCCUCAGCAGCCGGCAUCGACGUAGGACCCUUCAGGGCCGGCCUCUUCGCGCCCCCGCCCGCCGCAGCGCCACCCCCACCACUACCGCCAAAGAAGCCGCU